GUAGAACUUCUACCACGUCCACGGCAUCUCUAGAUCCUCAUUUCCGGUUGUGCUUCGUGGGUGUCCAAUCAACACGCACAACGUGCUCUCUGGCAGAGGCUCAAGUUGAGGUCGGCUACCUAGCUCCUGCCUGUCUUGGCGUAGCACCUUCCUUUUUGGGCUAGCAUCCCCAUGGACCUGCAUAUCAUCGCUCACGCUCUACAGGGUCUCGAUCAAGCAUUGUGGCGAUGGAACGGCCAUGGCCGAUACCGUCAGGACUAUUGGUCAACAUGUUUGCCGUCCCAGCUGCUUAUAACGCCGCAUGUCCUCUGAGUGAGCAUGUCGAUAAGCCUCUCUCCUGCUUCACUACAAUCAUUCCGAACGGAAGCGUACAACUUCAACGUCCAAUAUGGCACCACCGAAGUCGCUUCUACCUCUCCUUGCGGCGGUCCCCUAUGCUUCAGCUUGGGGCUCUCUCGGCCACACCGCAGUGGCAUACAUGGCACAGAACCUCGUCUCCCACAAGACGGCCAAGUUUGCGCAGACCCUCUUGAACGACACCUCAUCCGCAUAUCUCGCCAAUGUGGCGACCUGGGCUGAUAGCUUCCGCUCUGAGCCGGAGGGGAAAUUCAGUUCCGUUCUUCACUACAUCGAUUCGCUCGACAACCCGCCUGAGAGCUGCAAUGUCGACUUCGAACGUGACUGUCCUGAGGAGGGUUGCAUCGUUUCCGCCAUCGCCAAUUACUCCAGCCGCGCUUUCCAGAAGUCGGUUGGCAUUGUUGAACAGCAAAGAGCCCUGAAAUGGGUCAUCCACUUCGUCGGCGAUAUCCACCAGCCACUCCACGUAGAGAACAUCGCCGUAGGUGGUAACCUUAUCAACGUCACUUUCAACGGCGCGCGAACAAACCUGCACUCCAUCUGGGACACAGCAAUCCCGCAAAAGGCCUAUGGCAACUUCUCCCAAGCCAAUGCAUUGGCUCUGGCCAACAACCUCACCGCGGAAGUGAAGCACGGCAAGUUCAAGAAGGAGAGCAAGACAUGGCUCAAGGGAUUGAAGGCAAAGGAUGCAGUCAGCAGCUCCAUGACAUGGGCGCGUGACGCCAACAAGUUCGUCUGCUCCACUGUCAUUCCCAACGGCCCUGAUGCAGUGUUCGCGCAAGAGCUUUCAGGGGCCUACUGGGACACUGCGAUUCCUGUCGUUACCAAGCAACUUGCAAAGGCGGGAUACAGACUUGCCGCUUGGCUGGAUGCUCUCGUUGAACUCAACGAGAAGAAGGGUCACGGAAAGUGGGAACGGGAGACGAAGCGGGCGGGCACCCUGCAGCCAUGGCAGGAGGAAGCAAGACAGGCCCGACGCGAAUUUGGGCCUGACUGUGGUUGCGGUGAGGAUCAUGCGCACUAG